AUGGCCGUGGCUUUGGACGCAGUGUGGUUGAGGGUGAAGAACGUCUGCAAACAGAAUGGGCUCCUCAUCAUGUCGGUGCUGGCGGUCAUCAUUGGGUGUCUUUUGGGAUUCUUCCUGCGUACAAAGCGCCUCACGGAGCAGGAGGUGAAGUACUUCCAGUUUCCCGGAGAGCUGCUGAUGAGGAUGCUGAAGAUGCUGAUUCUGCCGCUUGUCGUGUCCAGUUUGAUGUCGGGACUUGCUGCCCUCGACGCCAAGUGCUCCAGUCGGCUGGGCCUGAUCACAGUGUCUUAUUACCUGUGGACCACCUUUGUGGCCGUGGUGGUGGGGAUCGUCAUGGUCUCCAUCAUCCACCCAGGCGGAGCGGCACAGAAAGAGGACUCUGAGGACAGCGGAAAGCCCAUCAUGAGUUCUGCUGACGCUCUGCUGGACCUUAUUCGAAACAUGUUCCCAUCCAAUCUGGUCCAGGCGACAUUUCAGCAGUAUCGAACAAGUAGCGAGUACAUUGUGAAAACCAAGCCAACGGUGAGCCAGGCCCAAUCAGAUUCCACGACGCGGCGAGCGCUCAUCUAUGGUAUCCAGGACGAUAAUGGGACUGACAUCCAGAACUUUGCCCUUGACCUGACUCCCCCCCCUGAUGUGCUCAUCCGCAUACGAGAAGGAACAAGCGAUGGAAUGAAUGUCCUUGGAAUUGUUAUUUUUUCAGCAACCAUGGGUAUUAUGUUGGGAAGGAUGGGGCCAAAUGGCAGCGCCUUGGUGAACUUCUGCCUGAGCGUGAAUGAGGCCGUCCUUAGAAUUGUUGCCAUAGUUAUAUGGUACUUCCCGUUCGGCAUCGUGUUCCUGGUGGCCGGUAAGAUCCUGGAGAUGAGCGAUCCGUCGGCCAUGGGGAAAAAGCUGGGUUUCUAUGCCGUCACCGUGGUGUUUGGUCUGGUGUUGCACGGCUUGUUCAUCCUGCCUGCCAUGUACUUCUUCAUCACCAAAAAGAGCCCCAUCGUUUACAUACGGGGAAUCCUGCAAGCACUGCUUAUCGCACUGGCAACCUCUUCCAGCUCUGCCACAUUGCCUAUCACCUUCAAGUGCCUCUUAGAGAACAACCACAUUGACCGCCGCAUCAUCCGCUUCGUGCUCCCUGUGGGCGCCACCAUCAACAUGGACGGCACUGCUCUCUACGAGGCCGUGGCAGCAAUAUUCAUCGCACAAGUUAACAAUUAUGAGCUGGACUUUGGCCAGAUCAUCACCAUCAGUAUCACAGCCACAGCAGCCAGUAUUGGUGCCGCAGGGAUCCCACAAGCUGGACUGGUCACCAUGGUGAUAGUGCUAACAUCCGUUGGGUUGCCAACUGACGACAUCACUCUCAUCAUUGCAGUAGACUGGGCAUUAGACAGAUUCCGAACCAUGGUGAAUGUAAUGGGGGACGCUCUGGCCACAGGCAUCAUGGCACACAUCUGCAGGAAAGACUUCAUGAAAGAGGGGGAUGGGGUGCCUCUGAUCUGUGAGCCCAAGCCCGUGUUGAACGCCCCAACUAUGAUGAACUGUCACAACAACAACGGUAACUACCGGCCCCCUUCUUCAGGAGGCAAACACGAGCUCGUACCUUCUGACGUGGCCAGGCUGAUGCAGCUGGAGGAGGGCGUCCGGCCGCCUGCGGAGAGGAAGAAGCCUCCGAUUCCCCCGAGGCACCUGAAGAAGAUCAAAGAGCACUGCACCAUCGACAUUAACGGUCUCGAGACCAAUGUAUAGUUCCUCCUUGAGUUCAUCGGUUUUCUGUGUAGAUUUGCUGAGCAGAACUUUGGAGCAAAGGAUGUCUUUACCGAUGGGAGGACAACGCGGCUUGCAUCUUAUCAUAUUGGGGUGACAAGAUGUCCUGGAAACUAAGAGAUAAGCCUCGUAGUGGGAAAAUUGUAUAGCAGUGAAAUGCUUUCUGUGACUGGACAAGUAGCACACUGACCAUGGAUACCAGAAGGACAACAUGUUUAUGAUUUUAUUCAUAAAACUCGUCCUUGGUGUGGACCUACACCUUAACCCCCAGGACUCUGAUGUCAGGUGUGAGUACUUGCAUUGAUAAACUGAUUUCUAUUUGAUAUUUACAUUUUAUAUAAUUUAUGAUUUUUUUGUUCUGUGUUUAUAAUAUUUUAUACUAGUGCAAGCAACCAGCUGUUUAUGUUAUAUAGGCAGCCUGGUUUCCAACAUCUACGAUCCAAUACAACUAAACUGCAUUGUCAAUUAAGUUUCAAGGUAAAACAGUUUUGUUUUUGACAUGUCACAGAUUACUUUGAAAUCAGUGCGAGAUCCAACUGGGAACACACUACGACUCACGGAUUAAGUACAUUAGAAUGUGGGGGUCAAAGAUAACUGUGACCUCACAUCCAUUUAAUUCUUGUGAUCGCACCCGGUAGGAAUUUCCCAAGAGACAAACCUCCACCUGGACUCAAGAAUGAACUGAUGACAAUUGUGUGUUCAAAGGUAACUGUGACAUUACAAAACAUUCUGGCUAUUCAUACACUGAUCAUGACAGUGUCCCACACAUGUCUAAAAGGAUACAAUUAUAGCCGGAUGACUGAUUGGCAGAAGGCUUACAAGUAGUAAGUAUUGCCACUGAGUAUUUUCUGUUGCCUAAACAUAACCAAUUGUUUUUGUUGCUUUAUUAUUUUUCUCUGAAUUAUUUUAACAUACGUUAAUCUUUGACAGUAAUCCAGAAUUUUCCCUUGAAAGCGAUUGAGAAAGCAGUUGACCUGUAUCAGAAAGUAAUUUGAAGGAGACAGGGUUGCAUAUAAGACACAAGGCAUGAGUGCAACUGUCUGGUUUGAGCUAAAUGAUCAGAUGCCCUGAUUGUUUAGUUUUGCCUUAACAAAGCUGGUGAGGUUGACGGGAUGACCGGGAAGAGAGGACUGUGGUCAUGUGAGAAAGGUAAUAGAGCAAAAUUGAGAUUUAUUUAAACAGCCUCAGGAGCACCUGAUUUUAAUAAACUUUCCAGCCACUUGAACAGCCUAAAACAACCACUGGUAAUUCAACAUAAUCCAACGGGGCCGUUUGUUGGUUGACUAGAUUUUUGGCUACUAUGUAUAGUAUAUCAAACAUGACCUGUGCUGUGUCUCAAUGUGCAUACUUCUGUACAUACAUGUGCUAUUUUGAGUGCAUACGUGCGCCCCCUUACAAAAGUAAGGCAAAUAUGCAGUCCAAAUAGCCUACUGUAUGUACCCGGAUGGUGCACUCAUAACGGUCAAAAAGUCUGGAAUGGUUUACACUUCUCACACUCAUCAACGACAGCCAUCUUGGCCACGUAACGGAAGAGGUGCAACCAGCCUCGAUUGCAGUUUGACCGGUUAAUGAGAAUUAAUGUUAUUAUCUCAGGAAGAAAUGAAGUUGUGUGACAGUUGCACCAUUUUAGAAUAAAAAUAAAUAUAUCUUUAUACAUAGGAAAUUGAAGUUAAAAUGUGCAAUACAAAUGUAUCUAAACACUGCUUAAGAAAUGUUGAACACACGGACU